GCUCUAUUUGAUAAGCCAUUUGCGUUUUGUUCACAGCACAAAAAUACUACUAAACUGUUCGACGUAUUGUUUUAAAUGCUUAUUCUUGUUAAAUAUAUCCAUUUAGAGUAAUCAUUUCCUUUUUAUCGAUUUUUAUAUCCCUCGUCACAAUCACAACUGUCAAAAUCCACACGUUUUCUUGGCGUUGUGUGUUAUCCGGUGUUACAUUUUUAUAGAGUUUAACUUUUAUUUCGGCUGUUAUCAUGUAAAGCUUUCUGUGGGACUCUUGUCCGAUGCUCAUUUAUAAGUUUCUGUCCGGUUUUAUAUUAAAUAACGCAAGGAUCAUGUAGCUGUUCAGAAAGGUUGUGAAGAUGCUUUCAAUAGCGCCGCCGACAUCCAUUUAACACAUACAGAUACCGAUGGACCACACAUAGAGAGCAGACAUCGGCAUGGCGCCCGAGACCGAGCCCGGCCCGCAGGCCCUCAAACUGACCACGAUCGAUUUAGUCGGCGGCAUCCUCUGCAGCAUUUGCCGCUUAACAUUUAAAAAUAAAAAAGAAUACGACUUGCACUAUUUCAAGCAUAACCUAGAUAAAGUUGAAAUUGUCUAUACAUGUGUGAUUUGUCUCAAAGAUAUUGCAGGCUACCCAAGCUUCCGCGGACACUGCUACACCUCACAUGUCAUCAAGGAAAGAUUCAAAUGCGAGUAUUGCAACAAGCUGUUUUCUAAAUCAGGAGCCCUAAAGGACCACAUCGCAUCUCUUCACAAAUUUGAGUGCUCAUGCUGCAAGAGAGAAUUCCCAACUAAAAAAGAACUGCAGCUGCAUAAAAUCAUCCACAUGAACGACAAACCUCCAUUCAACUGCCAGACCUGCAACGAGGAAGUUGACUGCAUUGAUGCGUGCGAGCAGCACAUCGACCAGCACUCCGUCUCUCUCUACUCCUGCCCUAUCUGCAGUGAGAAGAUUGACAGCAAAGCAGCAGGCGUUGAUCACCUCGCUAUACAUUUUGGCAAUGUACUUAAUUCAAAUGACAGUGAUUCAGAUUCCGAACAUGACAAUGACAAACCGGAAGACAGUUCAAUCGAUUUGCUCGGUGGCAUCCUUUGUUCCCUCUGUGGUGAAAUCCACAAGAACCGAUCGGAGAUAGAUCUGCACUUCAGCCAGGAGCAUCCGGAGAUGAGCGUGCUGUAUGGGUGUAACAUCUGCGGCAAGGACUUUGAGAAGUACACACAGUUCGGUCAACAUUGCUAUGAGCAUAUCAGCAAAAAUAGAUACAAAUGCGAGUCUUGCGAGAAGUCGUUCAGCCGACUCGCGCGCCUGGUGACGCACACGGAGGCGUUCCACGCGCGCGGCGACGGCAGCAGCAAGCCGCUCGGCUGCCAGCACUGCCCGCAGCAGUUCGCCAGCGAGUUCCGCUUCCGGGAGCACCAGCGACAGGAGCACAACAUCUGCGUCAUCAUGUGCAGCCAGCCUGGCUGCGGGGAGAUCUUCGAAACGCCGAAAGAGCUGGUCCUGCACCAGAAGCAGCACAGCCUGUGCAGCGAGCGCUGGUGCCGGCUGUGCGGGCUGCAGUUCUCGUCGCGCGGCACGGCCCAGCGCCACCUCGACGUGCACCGCAAGAAGACCUUCUCCUGCCCCGUGUGCGCGCGCAAGUACGGCGAGAAGUACCUCCUCAUGAAGCACGUGCCCCAGCACUUCGAGACCGUCAUCCACAUGUGCAAGGUGUGCGGCAAACUCUACAACGCCAAGAACCGCCUCAUCGAACACUCCAAAACGCACGCCAACGUUAAGAACUACAAUUGCUCCUUCUGCGCCAAAGGCUUCACCUCCAUAUACAAGCUUAAACAGCACCAAAAUAUGCACACCAACAUCCGGCCCUACCGGUGCACCGUCUGCACGAAAGACUUCAACAACUACUCCAACUGGUACAAGCACUUGCGGAAGAUACACAAGAUCGAUCCGAAGACUGUGAAGAAACCUGAAUUCAGGAUGGAGAAAGAAAAUGUAUUCGCUAAAAAGAAUAGUGUUCAGAAUGAUUUGAUGGAUAUCGAUACGUUGAGUGUUAACAUAGAUAUGCGGGAGUUGGAAAGGGACGGGUUGAUGGGUGCGAGCGAGGAGAGCUACCUGUUCAUGGAGCCGGUGGAGCUGGACAGCAUCAGCCCGUCCAUCGCGCCGGGCAGCGUGGCCGAGUUCGCGGUGCUGCCGCCCGCCGCCAGCUUCGUCGCAGAGGCCCCGCCCCCCGCCCCCGCGCCGGCCAUGCCCCGCGAGUACGGCCCCGACUUCACCGUGACGGACAGCGCCGGCCUGCUGCACCUCGACGACCACAUGCUGCCGCACAUCGACCCCCUGCUGCCGCACCUCGACCCCCAGCUCACCGGCGACCCCUACGGGCCUCGAGAUAAGUGGGAACCCCUCAUUAUCACCAAGUACCAGGGCCGGGCGAGUUUCUCGGUUCCGAUAGACAUCAACGCGAGCCGGCGGGCCAUCAUGAACACAGACAUAUUUUAAAAACGGUAAAACGUAUAGAAGCCAAUGAUAUAUAACUAUAGAUAGGUUGUACUCAUAUUUUAUUUCAUUACCUACGUAUGAAUCUGUUUUGUUUUUUUGUUAAUUUUCGCAUACUGUAAAUUUUUUGUUCUACUCGUUGUUAAACAAAAGCUUGUCUCUUUCUCUUUUGAUGUGCAGGAAUUCGUUACGUGCAAAUUUCUUACUUGCCUAGGCGCAACUAAAGGCAACAGGCAUUUGAACAGGGUAAGCGUUACAUUUUUGGAACGCCUAUAACCUAUCUGGAGUUAUAAUAUCAUUGAUAGAAGCAUACAAAAUACAUUUUUACUGAUUAUUUAACACACAACAAUGACGAACAGGCAAAUCUUAACGCAGAUGGCGUAUCAGUCGUUUUAAAAAGCAUGUCAGUAGGAAUGCCAAAUUCAAUGAAAAAAAAAUAGUAAAAAAAAAAUUGGGCUCCUAAUUUGAAAACAUUUAUAAUCAGUGGAUUUUUAAUCUCAUUUUUUUUUAAUGAGAGAUUAAAUCGCUUCGCUUCUAUACGAUUUGAGAGCUUUUUAUAAAUAGUUAUAUCCGAUAAUAGAAUUAAUACAUGUUAAUAAUGGUCGAAUGGCACCAGCAUGGCCUCGGCCAUUCGGCCAGCCAGCUACCUCAACCGGAAACGACUUUAUACCUCAGUAACCCAUAAGAAUAUUUUAAUGUAACUGUUGAUAUAUAAGUUAUAAAAAUUGUCCCACCAAACGCUAGAUUAAACUUUUACCCUCCAGCCGCCCACGAAUCAAAACUUGCCAGGACAUAUGCGAUUUUGAUUUGCCAAAUUAAAGAUUAGAAAUUGAAUGGAACGAGAUCCCUUUUUUGGCUUCUGGGCGGCUCUAGGUUAAAAUCAUAUUCAUAAUAAUGCUACCUCAUUUAAGUUAAGUUUUUCUUUUGUAUGUCUAUAUAUAAAGUGAAAAAAAAAGAAAAAAAAAAGCGAAAUCACGGAUAAAAACGAUAUGUAUUGUGUAGUAUAUUUGUGCCAUUUCGUCGUGCAUUGCAUACCAAGUGUAAGAAGCGCGUGAAGCGCAACUAUUCUAUUUUAAGCGUAAACUUUUUGUGGCAGUCUCUAAUUUAUAUUACAGUCUAUUUCUAUAAGUACAUGAACUAAGAAAGCGUACGGAAAAACCUCGCUAGCCGAACAAAAACGGUGCGUUUUGAACUCGCUCCAAAGUUAACAGGCUAACACUGGUGAACAAAAGCUUUGUAAAUAUUCGGUUAUUUUUGCGGCACUUUUAUUAUUAUUAUGCUUGAUUUUACGCCACCACCGGCCGCUGACAGAAUUUAAAGUUAUCUUAUACAUCGGAGAAUACAUUCUUUGCUUUUAUUAGCAAAAGUCUUGUGUUGAAUAGCAAUUUUAUAAUAUCGAUGUCUGAUUUGUCCGUCGCCAAAAUAUUCUUAUGAAUAGCUACUUAAUUUAAUAUUACUGUUCAAAUGUUGCAAACUUCUUUUUUCUUGCGUACGUACGUUUGUAAUACACCUUUAAUCUGCAUACGUCUAAUAUUUAACGACGAUUUUUAACGUUUUUAGACCGAUCACUGUUUUAUUCGACCACACACGAUUUGAUUGUUAUUAAAUUGGGUACUUGACACAUGUUGAUAUUCAACAAAAUUUAGUUAAAUGGAUAGAAAAUGAGCCAUCCAUCAUAAAAAAGUGGAAUUAAAAAAAAUAUAUCUUGAGAUUAUAAAAAAAUACUAGGCUCCAAAGUUAAAAAAAAAAAAAAUUUUUUGUCUUUCAAAAAUAGAAAAAAAAAUGGUAACAUUCGAUUCCAUACAUUUUAUUGAAAAAUAAAUUGUAUAACAACUAUACACAUAAACGGAAUAUUGCAGGGUCAAAAUGGCAAUUUCCUUGAUCUUCCAUACAUUUAGGACAGACUUAUAUGAUGUGACGUCAGAUCACAUUAUCAUUUUGUUAGAGGCGUUUCAAUCGUCGAGUCAGUCAGAGCGUCAGACUUUAACUCUCAUUUCUGACCUUUGUGUUGCUUAAAUGCCAUGAGUCCGGUAUAGUCAUUUGAUCCUCAGGAAAAUCAAGAUCGUUUGACAUUAUUUACAAAAAACUGUCAAGUAGCCAAUUGUUCUCUGCUCUUCUGUUGAGCGAUGAACAUUGUAACCAAGUUGAGAGAUUGCAAUCAAGAAGUCAGCGCGAAGAGCACACGCUCUGGUGGUGGCGUUCUGUUUCGUUUCGAUUCCCGAUACAUUAUACUGAGGAGAGCCCAGCGCCAAGCGCCCGGGCCUAGCGUAAGUGAAUCGAUAGUGCUGUGAUAUUUUUAUGUAUAUUUAGUCUUAAGCUUAGAGUAUGACCGUAACGAGUGAGUACAAAGAUAAUGUUAUUUAUCAAGAAAUAAAUGAUGUUUGUAAAGUUUACGCAACGACACGAGGUGCCGUCGGAUCGGCGUGUCGAAUUUAUAGAUAAGUGAACUAGUACACAGUUUAUUGUGCUAUCAAUUUGACAAUUCGAUUGUCGCGCCCGUGUCAGUUAGGCAGGUAAUACAUUUCGUAUUUUGUUAAUCGUUUGUGGUCCCGUGAGGGGCCGCGGGUAGGCCGGGGACCGGCGAAUCGGAAACGAUCAAGAUUUAAGAAAACAGCCGGCACGAAAUGUAAGCAGGGCGCGGGCGGCGGGCGCGGGCAACGGAAAAUAAACUCUAUGACUUGGACAUAGACAACAAUUUUCCUUGUAUUUUAAUUAUUUGGUCAUUGUCUUGGAUGUCUUGUACUUCCAACUUUUUGUAGACCAAUCGAUGCCCGUGUCCCCUGCCUGUGCAACAAUUAAAAUUUACACAUUUGAAAAUAAAGAAAACGACAAAAUUGACAUCAUUGGUGUAGAUCCACAAAGAUAA